GUAUGGAUUAAACAUUACUUCAGAUUUCAAAUAUCCAACACCAAGGAAAAGUCUUCAUAAUGUUUAUGAUCGUUUCAACAAAGAAUAUGAAGACGCUGAUCCAGAGAGCAACAUAACUGAUGGUGAAGAGUCUUUUAACCAAGACCAUGGGGAAGGCAAUAUUCGAGACUACAAUAUCAUAGAUGAUGGAGAAAGAGUUGCAUCAGCUUUUAGGAGUGCAUCAUCUGAGAUUAUACAGAAUAUGAUUUUACCACAGUUUCUGCAAUGGUUUCCAAGCGUGUUCUCUUUAUACAAUUUUCACAUUGCAUGAACCUUUCAAGAAUGCAUCCCUAUUGUAAAUCAAGAAAUACCUGCAUUUGAUACUCAUUUGAAAUAUAUUGUGAAGCAGUUGAUUAGUAUAUAUAUCAUAGUAACUGGUAAGUUUAUAAAUUUUCUCCAUUAAUAAAUUUCAAUUUGCAGUAGAUGACUUUCCCUCCCAU